AUGGUUUCAAGUUCAAGGCCAAUUAAGGUAAUGAAAUUUGAGGAUCUAAUGCAGUUAGUUCCGAAUUGGCUUGAACUUCCCAGAGAAUUGACAUCAAAGAUACUUCAAUUGCUUGGUCCUGUAGAAAUUGUGAGGAAUGCACAUCAAGUGUGUCCUAUGUGGAGUAACAUUUGUAGGGAUCCUAGCAUGUGGAAGAGCAUUGAAAUGAUUAAGGGUUUCAAUUCACCCUAUAACUUAGAGAAGAUUUAUAUGUAUGCUGUUGAUCAAGGAUGUGAUCAUGUUGAAGAAAUUAAUGUUGAGUAUUUUGCUACUGAUGAACUCAUCAAAAAAAUAGCUGAAAGAACUACCAAUCUGCGACGCAUCAGGAUCUCAAAAUGCUUGAAAAUUUCUGAUAAAAUAUUUAGUGAUGCUGCCAAAAAGUUUUCACUACUUGAGGAGCUUGAACUUUCAUUCAAUGAUUUAAACAAAGAUUCUCUUGAAGCUAUUGGGCAAAACUGUCCACAUUUGAAAACACUGAAAUUCAAUAGAGCCUACAAAGGAAUUAAGUGUACAUCCUAUAGAAAAGUGAAUGAUUUUAUUAGUUUACAGUAG